UGCAAGUGCAGUAAAACUCUUGCAACAACAAAAAGUCCAUACCUCAACCUUUUUCUCUCUCUCGGCUGAUACUUCUACUAACUGAUGUGAACAUGUUUCCCUGGAUAAAGAAGGCAGUGGCAGCACUGGUAGGUUCGCUCUGGUCCCAGCCAUACGCCGUGUGUUCGAGCCUCCUCGUGGCCCGGCGGUCGGUGACGUCACAAGAGUGGUGGGUGACGCUGGAGUUGGCCAAGAGGACGUCAUUGGGCGUGCUGCGGCUGUGUCUCGUGGUGGUCAUUCUGGUGGUCAGGAUAUGGACGGCGCUGCUCCGGCGGCCGCUCAGAGUAGAUUCUGGGACAGAUGUGGGGGAGAAGCCGGUCCUGGAAACCCUGACCUUUGGCUCCAAGGAUGGGAGCGGUGAGGCAUCCCCCGGUGCGGAGACAGUGGCCAAUCUGCCGUGCCCGCAGUGCUCGUACGUCUCCGACAGCAAGGAAGACAUCCUAGCUCACCUGAUCCUCACACACAAGUUCCUCAUCGCCGACGUGAACUUUGUGGCCAACCUGUCAGAGUACCUGAGCUAUUGGAAGAAACGUCUGGAGGAGAAGCCUCUGUCCGAGUUCUGCUCCAAGAUUGUCACCAACUCGGGCACUAAGGACGAAGCGCCCAAAGAAGAGUUCUACCUGCUCUGUGAUGCGCUUCCUGAGGACAAAAAGAUCCGAGAGUCGCUGCAGAGAAAAAAACUGGAAGCUGUCUUGGCUCAGCAACAGAAGGAGCGAGAAGAAACCAAGUUUUGUCGGCAGUGCCUCUUCUGCAAGCAGACGUUUUGUGGAAACCGGGCGGUGUUGUUUGACCACCUACUGAGGGACCACAGCUUCCACAUGGGACAGGCCGACAACCUGGUGUUCACCAAUGAACUUUUUGAUCUGAUCCAGUUCAAGCUAGACAGCCAGUUGUGUCUGUUCUGCGAGAAGUCGUUCAAGGACAAAGCCAGCCUCCGAGAACACAUGAGGAAGAAACAACACCGCAAGAUCAACCCCAAGAACAAAGAGUACGACCAAUUCUACAUCAUCAACUAUAUGGAGAUGGGCAAGAACUGGGAGAGUCUGCAGUCGGAGGACAACCGGCCCGUCUCCAACCACGAGAAACCUGCCAACGAGGAAGAAGAGUGGUCUGGUUGGACAGAGGACUCAGAGCCACGUGUCGUCUGUCUGUUCUGUGACUUCUCCUGCCCCAACCAGUCAGACCUGCUGGCACACAUGAAGGAGAAGCAUGGGUUUGACCUACAGGACGUCAACCAAAAACUACAGCUCAACUUCUACCAGAAGGUGAAGCUCAUCAACUACAUCCGCAGACAGGUCAGUGCAGCGCUGAGCGGUGCUCGCCACGCCAUGUGUGCAAAUACUGCUGUCCCCAUGAUUCGUGGCACCUCUGUGUGGGAUCAGCCGCAAUAUUUCUUCCCGACCUACGAGGACGACACGCUCCUGUGCCAGCUGGACGAUGAUGACGAGGGAGCGGCCGGUGACGCGCUGGGUGUGACUGUCAUCGCCGAGGAGAUCCCAUUGGUCAGGGACUCCAUCCUGACCGAGAAACUGUGCCGGGAGCUGCAGAAAGCUUACCCAAUCGGGUGUAUUUUCCCCUCGCAGGCGGCCGGCUACCUCAAACCCCCUGUCGGAACCUCCGCAGCGACCAAGGCUUUCCUUAACGACACAGUAGCUGUCACCACACUGUCAUCUAUCAGUUGCCAGAUGUUUUCCGUGGACCAGAACAUUUUGUCAAUGGAUGUCUCAAGCACAUAA